AUGGAGAACGGAAGGAAAGUCCACGCAGUUAUCAUUGGAUGGGCAUGCACAACCCUGUGCUUGGUUUCAUACACUGCUGCCUUCUCUCGUGGUGCGAGUCUUUCUGCCUGCACUGACAUGAUGCCCAAGCACAUGAGAGCUCAGCUGCACAGUCCCAGGAACAACUAUGUUACUAUCCAUACCAAUAUGUCCUUGUUCUUCCCAGGUGACAAGGUACCAGUGACAGUGCGGAGCAGCCGAGAUUUUAUGGGCUUUCUGCUUCAAGCUCGCAAGGUGUCUAACGAUGAAAUUGCUGGCACAUUUGUUUUUAUUCCUCCUGGUUCCAAACUGCUGACUUGUUUUGAAGAUGGUGAUACUGUCACCCACUCGGACAAAUCCCUGAAAAGAAACUUGUCCUUUGUGUGGAAAGCACCAGACCAACCCAUUGGAGACAUCAAGUUUUUCAUAUCUGUGGUCCAGUCAUACUUUGUUUACUGGGCAAAGAUUGAAUCUGCUGUUGUGGCUCAACAAGUGCAAAACAAAACAUCUGCUGAUAGCCAUAAGUCCAAGCCUCUAACUCCUGCACCCUUGCAAGAACUCACUGGCCCACAGGUAGCAGGUAUGGCAAGCAGAGACACCACCUCUCCCACUGCGAUUACCAACUUCCCUCAGUACACAAACAGUCUGCCUGGAGGGCUGACUGGCAUGGCUGUAACAGAAGUACUGGAGCCGGGUUUUGGUGUCCAGACAGAUACACAGCCUGUUGCUGACCCAAAGCUGUUGUCUCGGACUUUGCUGAGUGCCACGGCCUUGGCUGCAUCCAGCAGAAGUGGAGGGAACAGCAAUUUCAGUGGUCAACGGCUGGAGCCAUCACUUGCUUUCCAAGAACUGCGCCUCACAAGUGCUUUGCCAAGUUUCCUCUUCCAAGACUAUUCCACCAGCUACACCACCUAUGACGGAACACAAAGUAUUUCCAGCACUACCAAAACACACUUGUGUGUGACAUGUAAAGACAGCGGGCAGGUGAGUACUGAGAACUGGGCUGUCUUGAAAACCUCCCCGUAUGCAACAGCUUCUCGUUCUGCCCGACAUGUAUACACUCAUCUGCUUGAAACCACUGUGACAACAGCACAGUUUGGCAAUUCAGACACUGCCAGCAAUUUGUCAUCAGCGUCAAGGCAAAUGGCAGAAAGAAAGCCAACACUGCAGUCAGAAGAGGCAGGCUCUAGGGGUGAAGAAGAGGAGGAGGAGGAAGUCAGAGAGGAGGUGGCUGGAAAUACACUGGCAUCAGUGACCAGACCUUUUCCUGAGACCGCUAUUCCUGGGAAGGGGCAAGACUCUGGCAGAGAGACUCGACUCAUAGCAGCCCAACUUGGCAUCCUCCUCGUCUGCACAACUGUCCUGGGCCUGGCUCUGGCAGCUGGGCUGCGCUGUAUCUAUGCCCAGUACUGCCAUAAGCGGACGGAAGUGUCCUUCAGCGAACCAGACAACAAUGUCAUCACUGUGAGAGAAAACGGGGAGAUGAUGCACUUCCGGAAGAUUCGGGAGAACAGCUUCGUCCUGGUUCAGGCUGAGUAUAACUGGAUCAGCCCAUCAGGCAGUGGGAAAAAGACCAUAAUCUAG